AUGGGUACCAAGCAGACCAAGGGCUGCCAGCCGGGCGGCGCUGGGGAGAGCCCUCAGGCUCACCACCGCAAGAAAGUACCCCCCAGGGAAAGGGGGGAUUUCCUCGCCUCCCUCGUGGUGAAGUCCGGCGAGAAGUUUGGGAAGGGUGGUGGCAGCAGUUUGCCCCCUUACCACCGGCGGAUCUGCAUGAUCCAGGACAUGCUGGUGCUGGUGAAGCAGGGGAAACAGGAGGAGGCCACCGAGCUGCUGAAGCACCUGCGGCAGGAUUUGGGAAUGGAGUCGACCUCUCUGGACGAUGUCCUCUAUCGCUACGCCAGCUUCCGGAACCUGGUGGAUCCGAUCACUCACGACCUGAUCAUCAGCCUGGCCAGGUACAUCCACUGCCCCAAACCGGAAGGAGACUCCCUCGGGGCCAUGGAGAAGCUCUGCCGGCAGCUCACCUACCACCUCAGCCCCCACUCGCAGUGGAGGCGCCAGGGCAUCAUGAAGAGGAAGCCUCAGUCCUGCUUGAAAGCUGUGCUGAUGGGGAAGCCUCAGGACAACACAGUGGACUUGUCGGGCAUCCCUCUGACGCUGAAAGACUUGGAGCGCGUCACCUCCUACCUGCAGCACAGCUCGGAGCACAUCGACACCGUGGAGCUGUGCUUCACGGAGCUGACCGACGACAUGCUGCUGCAGCUGCUGCCGGCCCUCUGCGUGCUGCCGCACCUCACCACCCUCUCCCUCAACGGCAACAGGCUCACCAAAGCCAUCCUACGGGACCUCACCGAGACCCUGAAGGACCCCAAGAAGUUCCCUAGCGUCACCUGGAUCGACCUCGGCAACAACGUGGACAUCUUCUCCUUGCCGCAGCCCUUCUUGGUCAGCCUGAAGAGGCGGUGCCCCAAGCAAGGCAACUUGCCAACCAUUCUGGAGUUUGGUGAGGGUCAGGUAAGCGAUUUGGAGAGCCAAGAGGGCCUGGCUGAGAGCCAGGAGGACCUGCGAGCUGGGGCAGGCGAGACUGACGACACAGACUUGCAGCAGACGGACAGAACAGACAAGGCUGGGGAGGUGCCCGGCUCAGAGCACGGUGCUGUGACACCACAGACAUGA